CUUCCACAACAACAAGAAGCUGAGAAACAAGGAAGUGGACGGUUGUGUCAAGCCAAACCUGCGAUAAGGCCGUGAUCAAAUACGCUAAACUCCUUUCGCUCCGACAUCUCUCAGCGUCCGAAAUAGUCCACAGCAAUGAAUAACAAAGGCUCAUAUCCACAGCAGGCUGUGUACCCUCAGCAGAGCUCUGCACCUGUAUACCCUCCUGCUAUGCAAAUGUCUCCUCAGGCACCCCCUUACACAGACACACCACCUGCAUAUUCUGAGAUAUACCAGCCCAGAUAUGUGCUUCCACCUCAGGUGCCUGGUCAGGUGCCUCAGAUGUCCUCCCCCUACCCUGGUGCUCAGGUGUACAUGCCCAUGCAGCCACACAUGCAAGUCGGGCCCGUGGGCCAGAACGUCCCCAUGGCCUACUAUCCCAUGGGAGCCGUUUACCCACCGGGGUCGACAGUGAUGGUUGAAAGUGGAUUUGACGGUGGUGCUCGUUUCACAGCCGGCAGCAGCGUUUCCAUCCCACCUCCCCCUCCUGGACACCCUCCCAACGCAGCUCAGCUUGCUGCCAUGCAGGGGGCCAAUGUUCUCAUGACACAGCGCAAGAACAACUUCUUCCUGGGUGGAUCCAAUGGAGGUUAUACCAUCUGGUAACAGCAGCUCCUCCCCUCCUUCUUCAUGCCUAAACCGUGCCCCCAUCCCAGAUAAUUCCCCCUUUUUUUUUUUCCCCCUUAUCCCAUGUGCCCCCUCUCUUCAGGCUGCUUGGCCAUGCCACAAUACUGAUAUCACCUAACGGAAUGUAAUAUUUUAGCGCCCUUGUAAAAGGUACAGUACUCCACUUUGGACUUGGAGAUGAAAUGAUAAAUGUCACUGCCUGGAGAGGUCAAAUUCAAAUUUUUAAUGUAAAAUUAAUUUCAUAUUUCUGUAUUGGAUCUAACCUCUUGGGUCAUUCCUGAUUGGGACAUAUUUCAGGCAUCUGUGUCUCUUUAAAAAAAACAAAAACAACAAAAAAAUGUUCUCCUUUAGAUGAAAUGGCCAACUAACAUUGAAGUGUUUUUGUCUUCCUGUAAAACAAUGUAGAUGAAAUGUCAGACCUGCAUUAUAUAGUUUAGCUGCUUUAUGGUGAAAGUGAAACGCAAAAUUACAGAGUUACAAAGUGCUAAUAAAAAAAAAAAUCUCCACUUGUCUUUUUUUGAAAAUCUUUAGUGUAGUUUAAUUGAUAGGUGUUUAAUAGUUCCAUGUACAGUAAAUACCAGUAUGAUGAUCGUGAGAUGUUACAUCUCAGCUAAUUAAAAAUAAGAAAAGAAAUAAAAUAAACCAGCAUCCUGGAUGCUUUUAGUUAGAAUUGUCUUGUCCUUUGCACAGUAUCAAAAAUACCACAUCAGAUUUGUUGCACAGUGAACUUUGAGACAUUGUUCACUUUAAAUCACUUGUAUAUUAAAUACAUUUAAUUUAAAGCAAAUCGUACAAGAAAAGAUUAAAUGCAAUAUCUUAAGUGGUUUACUGUACCUUGUUGGGCAACUUGUAGAUGAACAUAGUCAAGUGCCAAAGAGCACUGGGGAUAGCCCUAAAUCGAAGCAAAUUAACUUCAGUAAACUUAAAGGAAAGAAAUUUUAAAGUAAAUCCAAAUAGUGAGAUGAAUGAUAAGGGGUGGUUGGUGUAACAUUUUAGCUUUUUAUGUAUCCUGUUUCUAUUUCAAAGUCGGAUACCCAGAGUUUUCUUUACUAAAUGUUUUCAUAUAGAGUUCAUGAGCUCCUUUUUUUUUUUUUUUUUUUUUUCUUCAUAAGUAUAAUUAAGUAUCAUAAACACAUUUAAAACUGGGUCACUUUUUGUGGUAUCGUUAGUUUAUAGUCUGCAAGGCUGAGGAGACUUCAAAUAUUCAGAUAUAACGGUUUUCUUUGUUUAACUUCUUGUCUACCUUCAAAUGUUUUAAAUAAGUAGUUAGGCUAAUAAAUAUGAUAGUAUAACCAAUGAGCUGGUUGUACCAAAGAUCUGGUCUACAAUGCAUCUGUGUUUGGCUGUGACUUCAAAUUUAAAAUGUGACCGUUUAAAAGCCGACAUAUCCUUGUAUACGUUCUGACACUGUCGGUCCUCUGGGCCUACGUGUGCCACGGCUGCGUGGGGAUCUUGCAUCUAUGAGUUGCUGCAUACUUUUGCACCUUUUUGCUGUGUCUUUUUUUUUUUUUCUUUCCUUUUUUAAUCUGAAAUGCACUGCUAAGCAAAAAUGAGACAUUGCAGACAAGGGGCUACUCUUUUAAAAUUAAGUUUUUGAGUGUUUUUAAAGAAAGCUGUGAACAUUUUUGAACAGUUUAGAUUUUAAAAUACAUCUACUCUAUUUAGUUCAUUUUAAAAUAACGUAAAGAUGCGCUGUGUUGUUCACUGGGCUAAUAGCAGAUACAGCUUUUUCAGUGAGGCUACAUGACUGUCAGCAAUGUUCAUUUCUAAGUCACGUUUUAUGCUUUUGAAGUAUCUUUUUUUUUUUUUUUUUUUUUUGAGUCUUUACAUAGGACAUUAAAUUUAAAUAAAGCAUUUAAAGGUAAGUACGUCAUCAGUAUGGAUUUUUAACACUUGUAAAUAUUGUUUAUCGUGUCAAGCGUCAUGUGUCACUGGGUAUCCGACAUACAAUAUCAAGUUUUAACAGCUGUGGCUACAGCAAAAGUAGGCUGUUACUAUUAAUCCACAUUUAGUGAGUUUUCAGUGUUUAAAUCUUAAUGAAACCAUCUGUCUGGGUAUCUGCUUCAUUCACCUGAUGUAAUAUUGACUUCUGAUCAUUCACGAAACCACCACUUCACAUUGUUACUGGCACAUCACAAGUAUUUUGAAAACACUUGGUGUUCAUUCAUUCAUUCCCACUUCUGCUGUGAUUUCUUAGUUUCACUGACAAAGAGGCCACAGCUAUCAAAACUUCUGUAAUAAAGAUGUUUUCUUUUCUUUUAGUUAUUUUCCAUCUCUGCUCUUUUCUUAAGCAGCGUAAUGGCGGCUUCAUUCCAGCAAUAUGAAGUACUGUAAACCCCAGUAAAUGCUAUGCCAACCACAGCAAGCAAACAGAACACUCUUUGUUGAAGGAUAAUGGACAUUUAUAGUUCAGGGAUUCUCUUUACAAUAUUUUGUAAAAUAGAUGCAUGUACUAAAGUGAUGUGAUGCACUUUGGUACACAUUCUAUCUUUUAAGAUUACUAAAGGAGAUGAGUGUCACUACAGUUUGCUGAGUCAUGUCAAAGAUGGAAUACUUUGAAAAAAGGUGCACUUAACUUUUUUAUACUAAACUUAAAAUUUAAAAUGUAAGUUUAGAAUAAAGGUUAUUUUGGAAAUUUGAAA